CUUACCACCCGGAGCCCAGAGAGCUGUGGCCGCGGGGCCAAAGGGCAUCCUGUAUUAGUUUCUGAAGCCCUUCCUGAGUUCUGAGGGUACCAGGAUGAUGAAAACACCCACUUUGUGGUAGUGAACAAUGACCACCCCCACCCCAGGCCGCCCUGUGGCCUGACAUCACCAUCCUCCUCCCUUCAGUGUUGUCAUUUUCAGUGUCUGGUAGAGGAAACAGAUAUAGGAGCAAAUAGCACAGAAUGAUGAUAUGAGAAUAACUGCCUCACCUGGCUCUUUCCUGAGCUUCCUGUCACACAUUGGGCAGGUGGCUGGAGAUUAGAUCCUUCAGGACCAUGGGGCAACAGUUCUUAACUGUGUUUGCCAACUUAACAAGAGGACAACCGCUGUCUUUAGCUGAACAGGUCCUCGGGGAGCCAGCCAGCUGGAAGCACCUGUGCUGCAGGGGUGAGCGUGCGGGAUGAAGGCUGCUGAGAGUGAGGUCCCGGAUGCGCACUUCACUGUGGAUAAGCAGAACAUUUCCCUCUGGCCCCGAGAGCCUCCUCCCAAGACGGACCCGUGCCUAGUUCUGAGGAAGCCUCUCAUGGUCCGGGCUGCAGUCAUCACCCUGAUGCUGGGCCUCGCGGCCUCCAUCCUGCUACAGGCCAUUCUCUAUCCCUGGUUUAUGCGCACAAUAUCAGAUGUAAAGACCAAUGCCCAGUUGCUGAAAGGCAGCGUGGACAACAUCAGCACUCUGGGUUCUGAGAUUAAGAGGAACAGAGGCGACGUGGAUGUGACCAGCCUUCAGGUCCGGAUGGUAAAUGCCAGCCUGGCUCAUGUGCGUUCUCAGAUCGGGAAGUUGGAAGCUGGUGUGAGGGAUGCCGCUGCCCAGAUCCAGAUGCUAACAAGAAGAUGGGAGGAGGUCAAUGACUUAAAUGCCCAGAUUCCAGCACUAAAAAGAGAUCUGGGUAAAGCCAGCUCUUUAAAUGCAAAGAUCCAGGGACUCCAGAGCCAUUUGGAGGACAUCAGCAAGUUGCUCAGACGGCAAAAUGACAUUCUGCAGAUGAUUUCUCAAGGCUGGAAGUACUUCAAGGAGAACUUUUAUUACUUUUCUCAAGUCCAAAAGACCUGGUACAGUGCCCAGCAGUUCUGUAUGUCCAGGGAUUCACAGCUGACCUCAGUGGCCUCGGAGAGUGAACAGGAGUUUCUAUACAAGAUGGCAGGUGGACUUUCCUACUGGAUUGGCCUGACCAAAGCUGGGAGUGAAGGGGACUGGUACUGGGUGGAUAAUACUCCAUUUGACAAGGUCCAGAGUGCACGGUUCUGGAUUCCAGGUGAGCCCAACAAUUAUGGGAACAAUGAACACUGUGCCAAUAUAAAGAUGUCCUCACUUCAGUCAUGGAACGAUGCCUCCUGUGACAAUAAGUUCCUUUUCAUCUGUAAACGGCCCUACAUCACAUCAGAACCAUGACAGGAUUGGCCCCAAGCUCACACACUGAGCUCCAAUGCUUGUCGAACUCGAGAACAUGCCCCUCUUUCUUCCAAUUCCAGUGUGACUUUGCACCUUCAUUUUUCUGGCUUCAAAAUUGUCUCAGAGGCACCCUGGAGUUCAUCUGCUUUGGCUGGGAAUUCUCUGACCCCAUAGAGGCAGCUGGAAUGGAAAGGAGACCUUGGAAAGGGAGAGGAGAGCAGAGAGGAUUUAAAAGUUCC